CGAUAUAAUCUUUUGAUAAUGAAAUGAAGUUACCCAAAAAUUUCAAGCCACACCUCUACGUUAUAUUUUCUUUUAGUACUUUUUUUAAUAUGUAGGUUGAAAUAGGGUACAUCGAAAGCUAGUAUCUACUCAAAAAACAUUUUUCUAUUCCUAAACAUUUUUCUAGUCUUCUCAAAAAAACAAAAAACAAAAAAAAGAUUUUUCUAGUCGAAAUAGGGUACAUCGAGUAGAUAGUAUCUACUUCUAUAUAAUCUUUGGAGGUCCAUCUUUGGAAGGUACUCUGAGAAUUGAUCAUUUGCGAUUAUUCCCAUGUCUUAUUUUGUAAUACACGCCCGGUCGUUGUUUAUAUUGACAAAAAGCUAUAUUAUUCUUAUCGCUCAUGUCAGUCAAAAGCGAUAUUAUUCUUGUCGCUCAUGUCAUGACUGGCAUAAAAUUAUCAGGAUAAGCAGCCGAGGCAGGUGUGCCUUGACAUGUAUGCCGUUGGAAUAUUUUACGAUUUAGCCUUUGUUGUGGUGUAAUCAUUUUGAUGUUUCCAUUAUUCUUUUGAAGAUUGUGUAUCUGUCGGUCAUGUUGUUUUCGAAAAACUGUAUAGACUUUUAAUUGAUUACACGACAUUUCGAAAUAUAUAUAAUGUACGUGUAUGAAAAGCUGGGUUACCAGCUUUCUUUGUGCUAAUCUAUUUGAAAUCUUUCAUCAAACGGAACCUUACUAUAGUUUAGAUUUUUUUAUUUUAUUUUGGGGUCGUUGUCUCUCACCAAGUCCUCAUUUGUAGGCUCUUAGGUUUACUACGAAAGACCUGGCUGAUGUAUCAUAUGUGGCCUAAUUAAUCAGUUUAAUACAUGGUUAGUUGCGUUAUGUUUGGCGGUACUAUUUGGUCGAUGCAAAUAUCUAGUGUAGAUUCUUUCAUCCUUAAUAUUUAAAUGCAGGGCAGGCCGUGCAGGCUGCCGCCUGAGCCGGCCGUGAACCGGUGGCCUCGGAUGAUUUAAUUAUAUACCGUAUAUAUAUUUUGUGUGCCAUAGACAUAAAGUUACGUCUUGCGCUCGCGGUAGAGCUGUUCGUCUCUUUUCAAACCAACUGAGGAAACGAUGUAGUCUCAGCAAAAGAUAUGUUCCAACCCUGCAACGUGGAGGAAGAAACACAUGAUGAGACAAUAAUCUCAAUCUCUAUCCCUGAAAUAGACGACGAACAUGAGGACUGGGUGUUCGAAAGACGAAGGUAUAUCAAAAGAUCUGUGCCUCUAUACAAUUCGUGUCUGAAAGGUGACUGGAAAGAGGCUAAGAGAAUUAUAGGCGAAGAUCCCAAUAUUAUACGUGCCAGUAUCACACACGGGUGCCAGAAACCUCUUCAUGUUGCGGCAGGAGCGGGACAAGUUCUUUUUGUGGAGCAGUUGAUGAAAUAUAUAACCGAAGAAGAUUUACUCUCUAAAGAUGCAAAGGGCAAUACAGCCUUUUGCUUUGCUGUUGCAGUUGGGUCUGUACCCAUCGCUAAGCUCAUGAUCAGAAAGAACCCACAACUGCCUCAAAUUCGCGGUGGGGAAGGAAUGACAACGCUUUAUAUGGCCACUUUGUUUGGACACGAAGAGAUGGCGUGGUUUCUGUAUCCUAAGCUUAUAGAAGAUAUUGAUGUACGGGACCGACUCGGGAUAUUUUUCAGUUGCAUCCACAAUGAUUUAUAUGAAAUAGCCUUGAAAAUGCUUCAUGACUACCGAGAGCUUGCUGUGGCUCGUGAUAUGAAUGGUGAAACAGCGGUACAUUUGUUGGCACGCAAGCCUUCAAUAUUUUCCAACAAAAGACCUGGAAUAUGGAAAUGCUUCGUUCAGUCUCUUGUUGGAGGAACAAAUAACAAAAAAUACUUGGGAACUCCUGGCAUUCAAUUACUGAAGUUUCUUUGGGAAACCGUUGUCUGGCAACAUGACUGGAUGGUUCUGGACGUUAUAAGAAGGCCAUCACAUGCUUUAUUUAUCGCAACAAAAAUGGGAAAUUUUGAGUUUGUGGCCGAGCUUCUGCACUCGUAUCCUGACUUGAUAUGGGAAACAGAUGAAAAGCACCGGAGUGUAUUUCACAUUGCAGUUAUGUUCCAUGACACAAGUUUCUUCAAUCUGCUAAAUCAGUUAGGUGUAUACAAGGAUUUUAUAGUCUCCUUCAAGGACGAUGAGAACAAUAACAUACUGCAUUUAGCGGCAAAACUGGCUCCACCAAAUCAAUUGGGUGCCGUGCCAGGACCUGCCUUUCAAAUGCAACGGGAGUUACUGUGGUUCCAGGGGCUGGAAAGGACUCUCCAACGUUCCUAUCUAGAGAUGAAAAAUUCAGAAGGUAAAACACCUAAAGAUUUAUUUACCGAAGAGCAUAAAGGUUUAAUGGUAAAAGGAGAAUCGUGGAUGAAAAGUUUGGCCAGCUCAUGCACGCUUGCUUCAACACUUAUCGCCAUUUCUGUUUUUACUUCACUCACCAGUGUCAUUGAUGACAGAAUCACUUAUAAUGGAGGAGGAACACAUACGACACUGCCAGUUUGUGUCUUAUCAAAUAUUUUUGCAUUAUUUUACUCUUCGCUUGGAAUAAUAAUAUUCGUGUCCAUCCUGUCAUCACGCUUCGCAGAGGAUGAUUUCCUCAUAUCACUGCCCUUGAAGCUCAUAGUUGGACUCGGAUCACUCUACAUCUCUACUAUAGCCAUGAUGGUUUCUUUUGGCACCGCCUUAUACACAACAUAUCACCAUAGACUAAACUGGCUUCCUGUUCUUGUUUUCAUACUGGCAUCCCUGCUACUUAGUUGUCUUUAUCGUCUGCACAGUCCUCUCGUUUCCUAUGUAUUACACACAACGUACCAUUCUUGGGUGAGAUUACCAACUACACAUAACUUGUAACUUUUUUA